AUGCAUGCAUUCCGGGCUAUUUUUAUCGGCUUUCUGCACCUCGCACUCUCCAGUAAAAUUGCCCAUGCUAUCUGGCCAAUUCCCCGUAGUAUUUCAACUGGUCACGAAACCUUAUUGCUGUAUCAGGACUUCGAGAUAUUCUCUGGGUUGUCUGAAACGCCUCUAGAUCUACUUGAUGCCAUUAAUCGUACCGAGACUAGGCUGUUCAAUGACAAUCAUGGGCGACUGGUAGUUGGACGUGGGUCAAGCGAUAAAGCGUCAUUCCGAUCCGCGAAGACUUUACUAUCGCUCCGGUUGACGUUGAACAAUGAAAAUGGAUCGUCAAUUAGAGACAUAUCCGAGGAAGCAAUCACACCGCUUGACGCAAGAAACGAGGGUUAUACUCUAAGUGUUCCUGCAGAUGGAAGCGAUGCGAUACUGGAGGCGUCGACAACUCUUGGUCUGUUCCGUGGUUUGACGACUUUUGAGCAGCUAUGGUACACGUUCGAUGGACAAGUUUACGCAGUAGACAUGCCGCUUCAUGUUGUCGAUGCUCCUGCGUUUCCGUAUCGAGGACUUAGUUUUGAUACGUCUCGUAACUUUUAUCCAGUCUGUGACUUGAAACGUACGCUGGAUGCGAUGAGCUGGGCGAAGUUUAAUACCCUCUAUUGGCACGUUGUGGACAGCCAAAGUUUCCCUUUGGAAGUGAGCCCUUUCCCGGAACUGUCACAGAAGGGCGCGUACUCUGCGGAACGGGUGUACACUGAAGGAGAUGUCCAAGAUAUAAUCGACUAUGCUGCAGCACGAGGAAUCGACGUGGUCCUUGAGCUAGACACGCCAGGUCAUGAAACUGCCAUCGGCCUUUCGCACCCAGAGCACGUUGCAUGCUAUUUGGCUACUCCAUGGUCUGAGUUCGCCAAUGAACCUCCCGCGGGUCAAUUACGCCUCGCAACACCCGCAACUAUCAAUUUCUCCGUCGAACUCGUCUCAUCUGUCUCAACCAAGUUCAAGUCUUCGCUCUUCAGCACUGGCGGGGAUGAAGUGAAUGCGAAUUGUUACGAACAGGAUCCUCAGACACAGGCGGAUUUGAAUGCGAUGGGUUGGACGCUGGACGAAGCGCUUAAUAAUUUCUUGAAUGUUACGCAUACGGUGAUUAGGGGACAGGGGAAGACUCCUAUUGUCAAAGAAGAUAUGAUUUUAAAUCAUAAUACAACUCUGCCGAAUUCUACUAUCGCAGUUGUCUGGAUCUCUUCUCAGGAUGCAAAGAACGUCACAACUAGAGGCUAUAGGAUAAUUCACCAGCCAUCCGAUUAUUUCUACCUCGACUGCGGUGCUGGUGAUUGGCUAGGCAAUAAUAUCAAUGGGAACAGCUGGUGUGACCCAUUCAAGACUUGGCAAAAGAUCUAUUCAUUUGAUCCACUUGCCAACUUGACGACUGAGGAAAGUGCACUGGUUCUCGGAGGCCAGAUCCCUUUGUGGUCCGAACAAAGUUCUCCAGCGAAUCUGGACCCGAUCGUCUGGCCGCGUGCAGCUAGCGCAGCAGAGGUGUUCUGGAGUGGUGGCCAGUCAAACGGACAAGCUCUGAACGUCUCGACUGCACUCAGUCGUUUGCACGAUCUGCGAUUUAGGAUGAUGCAACGCGGGGUAAACGCGAUCCCCUUGCAACCGGAGUGGUGUGCUCUGCGACCCGGUGCUUGUGACGUCGACUCCUGA